AACAGCUGAUUGCGCGCGGGAAUGCUCUCUUAUUUUUGAGAUGCUGGAGCGCAGAUAGCGUUAAAGUGAAAACAAAUAAUAAAAUUAAAAAUACCAUAUUUUUACAUGAAUAUGCAAGUAUACAAGCAAUAAUACAAAAAAAUAUGCAUAUACUUUUUUAAGAGAACACCAGGAGCGAAAUUCAAGAUUUAUAUAUCAAACGGUAAAAGGAAGUGACUUCUGUGAGUGUGUGUAGCUCUGUGAAGGAAUGUCGGGGAAAGUAUCUGCUGCUGCAGCAGCUGAGCUGGAGUCGGUUGAGUGCGGUCGAUUGUGUGCAUUUAAAGGCUUCUUGAGUGACUUAGUGCGGGACUCGGUGAGUAAUGCCGCAAAUGUUGGCGAUUCUGCACGUAUCAGCAUAUCGCGCACUAGCAACGAAACAUACCCGGUGUGUUCACAGGAGGUGUCUGCUGAAAUAAUUAUGACCGUAUGGAAUCAUCUUCAAUUGAAGCGUUGCCCCCGAUUUUUCCAGCUUCCCAUAUUGCGUGCUGUUGCGGCAGAAGUUGAAGAGGGUUGUCGCAAUGCUAAGGACUGCGAGUGUAGUGCCAGUGCAAAACAAGAUCAAGGCGAAAAGAAUCCGUCAACUGAUCUGGGCAUAGUUUAUGAUUUGCUAAAAUUACAAAAAUAUGUUGUAAAUAACUUGGAAAAGAUGCUAACACGUCUAACCGAUAAUACUGAGGCAGGUAACUUGCAAAAUUACGCAGAGAAAGGUGCACUAUGCGCUAAUGGAGCAAAUUGCACAUGCAACGCAGAGGAAGCCCCUUUCCUACCUGUUUACACUGUUGGCCACGUCAAGAAUAAACCCCGCAAAAUGGAGGACCGCCAUGUGUGCCUUGAGCGCUACAGUGAUCUGUACCAAGUGAAACAACCCUACAGUUUUUAUGGAGUAUUUGAUGGACACUCGGGUCCGUUGGCAGCUAGUUACGUAACAAGCCAACUACCAUACAUAUUAGCCCAAAGUCUGAAAGACACCGCCUAUGAUCUGAAUGAUAUAAAAUCUUAUCGAGAAGCUUUUGAGCAUUCAUUUUUACAGGCAGAUAAGAUGUUCUCAAAAAAAGUAAUUUCCAGUGGUACAACUGCCGUUUGUGUACUAUUGGCGCAUCGUGUGGCACCGUUGUAUGGUCAUUUAUACGUCGCAUGGGUAGGUGAUUCCAAAGCGCUACUUGUAAGUCCAACAGUUAGCUUGCAAUUAGUGAAACCACAUAAACCAGACGCGCCGGAUGAGCGGAAACGUAUUGAAAUGGCAGAGGGUGGCGGCACUGUAAUGUAUGUGCAAGGACAAUGGCGUGUCAACGGCAUUUUGAAUGUGUCGCGCUCCAUUGGCGAUUACUCAGUGGCGCCAGCCAUUGCAGAGCCAGAUUUUGUAGAUGUUUCGCUGACAGCGGCGCACGAUUUCAUUGUUUUGGGUACAGAUGGAUUAUUCGAUCACGUAUCCGAAGCUGUGAUAGUGGAAACGAUUUAUAAGGCCUUAACGGAUAAAGAGCAAAAAAUCGAAAACAUUCCAAAACUUCUUAUAGAAUUAGCAAAAGAGGGUGACUCCCAAGACAAUAUUACAGUAGUUAUUAUAUUUUUGAAAAAUCGACCCGAUAUCGUCGAAAAUUUUAAAAGAAUAUAGUUUAAAUUUUUGCAGUCAAGUGGAAAAAUAGACGCUAACACAGUUUUAGGGAUAUCAGCAACAGCGAAUAUUUAAUGCUAAACAUAGCAUAUAUGUACAUACAUAUAUAUAAUAGUACACCAUAUUUAGUAGAUUUUAUUCCUA